UCAUCCUCCUCUUCCUUCUUCUCCUCCGCCUCACCCUUUUCUUUUCCUCCUCCUCCUCCUUCUCUUCUUUUCCUCCUUCAUCGUCGUCUUCUUCUCUGUGUUUCUUGGCAGAUGUUGAAACUGUUUCAUAUUAUCGUCUUUAUUUAUCGGCUACUCAUUAUUGACUGUUUAAUCAAUAAUAAGCUAAAAAUAAAUCUGAUGUAAACAUCGUGCAUCACCAUGCAAACUCAUUGGUUCCUACUGAAUUCCUAAAACACCUCACCGAUAAACAGUCGGGGGACUAUUUUCAGUGGCGGAUUAAUCCAGAGGAAGAAGAAACAUCAGGCUGUGAUUCACACACAGAACAUGUCAGCAGACACUUUAUUGAUGAUAACAAAACUACAGAAUAUCAGCGGACUGAUCCUUUAAGUGAACAGCUUCCUGUCUGAUCACAGCUUCACGGUGCCUCGUUUCAUUUUCAUCAAGGUUUUGUUGACAUUUGUACAGUUUCACACUUCGCUACUAAAACUUUAGUCAGAUCUGAUCCAACGUGUCGCAUCAUGUGAACGGCCUCCAUGUGUGAUGUCAUCAUCUGCAGUGAGACUCCAACAGUCGUCCUGUCGUCUGUCGUUUGUGUGUUUAACUGCUGCAGUGUCACAACGUGCCUGAUGGAUGACUGAGUCUGAACAGACUGACCUCGAGCAAAGACUCGUGAUCUGGAGUUUAUCUGAGGUCUCGUAUUCAACCAAAGAUCUUUGUCUGAAUAAACCUUCACCUAAUGACUGAUUCUUGAGUUUGGUUUCAUUUUCCAACAGAGAGAAAACACAAACACACAAAGAGCUUCAGAAGUUAGACGAUCAUUUAUGUGUGGCGGACCCUGCCAUCUCUCCAGCUUCGAGCAGUGUUCCAGCUCCCUGUUUUCCUCUGAGAACAGCAAAUUCUGAGUUUGAGUUUCUUCUUCAGAACUGCACAGCGCCACUUUAAAGUCAUCAGGAGUAUUUAUAAGAAAAACACUUCGACGUGCACUUAGGGGGCACCAAGAUUCAAACCAGCAACCUUCUGAUUACUAGAUGACUCGCUCUACCUCCUGAACUACAGCCGCCUGAUCUCCAGGCAGCUUCCUUUGGUUUGAUUCAUAAAAGCUGCCGAGCAUUAAAAACUUUGCUUCAGCAGGUUUUAGGACGCCUGUUUGUAUCUGACACACCUGCGAUCCACAAAAUCCAAUCAGCUUAAACUGACGGCACCUGCCAGGUGAUUUCUGCUCAUAUGAAGCCAAAACAAACGAGGGGUCAGUCAGGAAGAAUCAUGGAGCAACAGAGAGAAUCAAAGCUUUUGAAAGAUGAGACCACAGUGAUGUUAGAGGAGACUGAAGCCAGACAACACGUUUAUUCUGUGGACACACGGAUCAUGAAGGACGGAACCAGCAGCAGGAUCUCCAGGGUCCAGGGUAAAAAAAGAUCAUUUCCACAUCAAAAGAUACUGACACCAACAUGCAGUACCAGUGGGCUGAAGAUGACUUUGACGUGCCUGCUGGUGUCGGUCGUCUGGGCCUCUCGGCACCAAUAGAUGGUAGAAAGUACGUCAUGUACCAUGGCACCACCAAGGGGAACGCUGACGCCAUCCGGAGAUCAGGCUUCCAUCAGUCUGCAGACGGGAUGCUCGGCCGCGGCGUCUACCUCAGCAGAGACCUGCAGAAAGCCAGCCGCUAUCCCAUCGAUCACCCUGAGUCUGACAGGGCCGUCAUCAAGGUUCUGGUCGACGUGGGGAGAGUGAUCGUCAUCAAUCGUCAAAACCACCCUCAUCAGAAGACCUGGCAUGACCACGACUACGACACCGCCUGGGUGCCACCCAACUGUGGGAUGGUGAAGAGCGGCUUGGAGGAGGAUUGUGUCUGGGAUCCAAAUCGAAUCCAGAUCACCAAAAUCAUCAAACCACUCCCAGUCCAGUCCUCCUCUGGAUAUGGAGCACAUGGCUACAAAGAUACUGACACCAACAUGCAGUACCAGUGGGCUGAAGAUGACUUUGACGUGCCUGCUGGUGUCGGUCGUCUGGGCCUCUCGGCACCAAUAGAUGGUAGAAAGUACGUCAUGUACCAUGGCACCACCAAGGGGAACGCUGAAACCAUCCGGAGAUCAGGCUUCCGUCAGUCUGCAGACGGGAUGCUCGGCCGCGGCGUCUACCUCAGCAGAGACCUGCAGAAAGCCAGCCGCUAUCCCAUCGAUCACCCUGAGUCUGACAGGGCCGUCAUCAAGGUUCUGGUCAGCGUGGGGAAAGUGAUCGCCAUCAAUCGUCAAAACCACCCUCAUCAGAAGACCUGGCAUAACUAUGGCUACGACACCGCCUGGGUGCCACCCAACUGUGGGAUGGUGAAGAGCGGCCUGGAGGAGGAUUGUGUCUGGGAUCCAAAUCGAAUCCAGAUCACCAAAAUCAUCAAACCACUCCCACAGGACAUGGGUCAGCUGGGCCUCUCUGCACCCGUCAGUGGUAGAAAGUACAUCAUGUACCAUGGCACCACUAAGAGGGCUGCCCAGUCCAUCAUGUGGUCAGGUUUUCAGCAGUCUACAAAGGGGAUGCUCGGCCGCGGCGUCUACCUCAGCAGAGACCUGCAGAAAGCCAGCCGCUAUCCCAUCGAUCACCCCGAGUCUGACAGGGCCGUCAUCAAGGUUCUGGUCGACGUGGGGAAAGUGAUCGCCAUCAAUCGUCAAAACCACCCUCAUCAGAAGACCUGGCAUGACCUCGGCUACGACACCGCCUGGGUGCCACCCAACUGUGGGAUGGUGAAGAGCGGCCUGGAGGAGGAUUGUGUCUGGGAUCCAAAUCGAAUCCAGAUCAUUAAAAUCAUCAACCCACUCCCAACCAACAUGAACCAGCAGCAAACGUGGGCUGAAGAUGACUUCGAUGCGCCUGUUGGAGUAACUAAACUCGGUCAGGAUGAACCGGUUAGUGGUAGAGAGUACAUCAUGUACCAUGGCACCACCAAGCAGAACGCUAAAGCCAUCCAGAAAUCAGGUUUUCGUCAGUCUGCAGGCGGGAUGCUCGGCCGCGGCGUCUACCUCAGCAGAGACCUGCAGAAAGCCAGCCGCUAUCCCAUCAGUCACCCUGAGUCUGACAGGGCCGUCCUUAGGGUUAAGGUCAACGUGGGGAAAGUGAUCGCCAUCAAAUAUCAAAACCACCCUGAUCAGAAGACCUGGCAUGACCUCGGCUACGACACCGCUUGGGUGCCACCCAACUGUGGGAUGGUGAAGAGCGGCCUGGAGGAGGAUUGUGUCUGGGAUCCAAAUCGAAUCCAGAUUAUGAACAUCAUCAACCCAACCCCAGUCCAACGCCCACGCCCAGUCCAGCCCUCCAGUUCAUGGAGUGGAUGCAGCUACAGUGGUUGGUUGCCGCCCUGUCAGGAAAACUACUGGCCUCAAAGCAGUUGGAUGGGAAACAGUUGGAUGUUUCCCCAUUUUCAACCAAUGAUGCAGUCUCCCAGCAGCUCUGGCACCAGCAGGAAUCAACUACAGUGGCUGGAAGAUGACAGUGAUCUUUCCUCGGAGGUUGGUAAAAAGAGCAGCUCUGGUAAAAAGACCACUGGUAAAAAGACCACCAAGCCCCGGGCCACCACCAGUAAGAAGAAGGAGAAGAAGUAAAAGUUCUGUACUCCACUACAAGGAAAAGCUUCUCUAGCCGUUAUCCUGUUUGCAGGGUUUGUGCUAAGCUUGCCAAUUAUAUUAAAUUAUCUUUGUCAGUAAAUUCAAUUUGGAUGUUGGCGAUCUUGUACCAAGAACGUAAAUAAAAUUUUAAAAAGCAUGCAAAUAAAAUUUCCUGUUUCUUAUCU